AUGCCUCAUAAGCACACAAGAAGGGAUCACGAUCCAGCAUCGUUCGAUCUUCCUCCAUCCCAGAUCGCGAGGCCGUUGCCCGUUCAACAGAGAAGCCGGAAAGCUCUGGCUGCCGCUGCCAAAAAUGGCAAGAACGGAAAAAACCCAAAGACAGAGAAUGAUGGAGUCAAGAAGAGAAAGGGUCGUAGCAAAGAUGACGACGCCCCAAGAGCGUUUAAGCGUAUGAUGGCGCUGGCAUCCGGCAAGAAACAACGGUCCGGCCUCGACAACGGCGAAACGGUAAAUCAGAAGAAGAAGGCGGCCAGGAAAGCUGCUGCUGCGGCCGAAAACAAAGACGAAUCCGGCGGUCAUGUCGAUAAGCCCGAAGUGCCGACCAUCCGUCCGGGAGAGAAGAUGUCUGAUUUCUCUGCGCGUGUUAACGCUGCUCUGCCGCUCGCUGGUUUGGUCAACAAGACGGAAAGGGGUGGAAAGGAUCCUCUAGGGCUCAAGGUCCAUAAGACGCGGAAAGAACGCAAGAUGCAUAAACUCUACGACCAGUGGAGGGAGGAGGAGCGAAAGAUCCAGGAGCAGAAGGAAGAGGAACUGGAGGAGAUUGCCGAACGCGAGCUGGACGAGGAGAUCAACGGCGGUACUUUUGGCAACUUUGGCCAGACAUCCACAGCCUUCUACGAGCCAGGUCAGGACGGCAAGAAGAAGAAGAAGAAGGGCAAGAAGGGCAAGGGGGCAGACCGCGAAGAAGAUCCAUGGGCAGUGCUCAAGAAAAUGCGCGCAGAGGCUAAGGUGGGACUUCACGAUGUCGCGCAAGCGCCGCCAGAGCUUCACAAGGCCGGACGAGACAAGCUCUUAGUGCGCGGUGCUGCAGUCGAUGUUUCCAACGUGCCCAAAUCUGCGGGGAGUUUGAGAAGGCGUGAGGAGCUUCAGGAGAUUCGGGACCAACUGGUCUCGUCAUACAGGAAAAAGAGGGAGGAAAAACUAGCUCGUCUUGCUGCCGAAGCUUCCCCUUCCACCUCAUAA